AUCUGGAUUGUUUCAUCACAAUGUGAAAACAUUGAGUAAAGGCUAAAGUGUCCUUUUUUCACGCUGAAAUAACUGUUAAUUGCUGUUAAAAUGAGCGAAACUUCGGAAAAUGUGGAAUCUAGAUCGAUUACCCUAACGGACUUUCAGAGAGCAAAAAUUGAAAGAAAUCGACAAAGGGCCGUCUUACUUAGGGAAUCCAGAUUGGCAAGGAGACAAUGGGACGCUAUUAAGAAAGAAGGUGCAACAGUGAAGAGAACACUGGACAGUGGUGCCGGUUUUCUCAUUGAAGACGAAGAUGAACAAAAACCUUCUGCCAAAUUAAAAAUAGUCGAAGAAGUAGCUGGUAGAUUGAAAGCCGCUGACCAACCUGGUCUUUACUGCGACGACUGUGGUAAAGAGUUUGUUGACUCCUACCUUUAUAAAACUUAUAAUGCAGAUGUCUGUGAUCAAUGCAGGGAUACGGAGGAGAAACAUCGUCUUAUUACAAGGACAGACGCCAAGAAUAGAUACUUGUUAAACGAUGCUGAUAUAGAUAAACGCGAACCAAAAUUAAAGUUUACUUUAAAGAAAAAUCCACACAAUAAACGAUGGGGUGAAAUGAAACUAUAUUUAGAGAUACAAAUUGCCGAAAGAGCAUUUGAAGUUUGGGGAAGUGAAGAGGCUAUUGAGGAAGAAAAAGAGAAAAGACUUCAAAAGAAGGAAGAUGCAAAGAAAAAGAAAUUUGAUAAAAAAUUAACAGAGUUAAAAAAGGCAGCAAGAAGUAGUCUCUAUAGAAAAAUUGAUACAACUCAUCAACAUGAAUUUGGUGAAGAAGUCUAUAACGAAGAAACCGAUGAAUAUACGAAAUCUUGUUAUUUCUUCUAUUUAAAGCAUAAAAUUGUAAAGGAAGACUAUUUAAAGAAGUUCUGUACUAGUUAUUAUAGUAAUUUAUCGUAUGAACCUUACCUUGAAACGGAUUGUUUGAAAAUUAAUAGUUGUUUUAGACAGUUUAACACUAAAGUUGAUAGUACUCUUAAAAACGAAUGCUUACUUUUAAUUUCUAAUCGAAAGACGAAAGAAUGCGAAGCUACUUCGUCAGUUUGUCUAGGAUCCAUUCUAAAUUCAUCUAGUUUAAAUAUAGCUCUACCGGAUGAGAGCAAAAAUCCUUGUUUCGUUAAACGAUUACAAGAUGUUGGGGAGGAAAUUCGCCAAGAUAUCCAAUUCAGGGGACUGUUAAAUGCUGACUUUUUAUGGCCCUUUAGUUUAGAAAAUGGUGCAAAGUACUGUUUAAAAAUUAUUGGUUGGAGAACAUUUACAGAAGCUUUUGGAGAAUGUAUGGCUAAUGGACUCCGAUUACUUCGAUUAAGCAUAGGUGAUCAUCAAGAUGAAAGUGAUAGUUUGGAAAUAAUAGAAUACCUUUCGAAAUCGUUCGAUUUAGAUCACAAUACUUUCAUUUGGUCAGAAACGGAUCAAGAUUACACGUUUAGGGAUACACUAAAUCCCCAAUGGAGGUCUCCACAAACGGAUAAUCAAUAUACAAAUGAUACAGUAAGAUAA